AAGUCCAAAUUAGAUCGAUUAGUCCAUAAGUCAGUGAUCAAGUUGGCCCUCAAAACCACAAUGUUGAGACAUCUCAUGAGCUCUAAAUGAGCCAACUCACGAGUUGAGCUCAACAAGCCACCGAGUCGAGCUAGCUCGCGAGCUUCACGAGAUGAACAAAGCUAGGCUCAAGCUUGGCUCGUCAGUAAACGAAUCGAGUUUCGAACGAGCUUUUCUCGAUUCGAGCUUCGAGUUGCUCGCGAGUAGCUUGGCUCAUUUGCAACCCUACUUCAAACAUUUGUAUUCAUCUGCCUUGUUAAUCUACCUUUAAUCUCCCAUUGUAUUUAAGAUUUAAGAAUACAAUGGAGAUAUAUUAAUUUGAAAUUGUCUAGUUUUGCAUUAAAUUGAUUUGACAGGAGUACGGUCAAGUAUUUUGAAAUGAUGUAUCAAUUAUGAGUUAAGACAGUCAAAUUGUCUCGUUUUAUAAAUUCGUCAUCUAAAUGACCUCUUAGUAAAUCUCUAUACACCGAAGACUACUAAGUUAAAAAAACAUGAGUUUUAUUAAAAAUGAAUAGAUUUUAUAAAUCUAUCCUCCAAAUCUCAUUCUCUAGUUGGCUCCUUAAUGUUAGUUUGGUUAAUUUUUUUGUUUGCGUGCCAAUUUAGAAAUUGCGAGCAUGUUUGGUUAGUGGUGAAUCACUAGGGGGUGGUUUGGAUGCAGGAUUGUAGUGAGUGAUUUAUGAGAGAUUUUAAAACAAUUCCUCAUUAUGCAGGAUUUUAAAACAAUUCGGCGUUUGGAAAAGCUAAAGAAUUGUAUGAUUAGUGAUUUUAAAAACUCUCAUUUGUGGGUUUUUGAAAUAGCUGAUAAGCAUCAGCUAUUUCACAAUCUCUCGCUCCUAUUUCUUAAUUUCCAAACCUUGCCCUCAACUAUCUCUUUCGUUAUUCUUCCACCUACACCGCAGCUCGUCUUCAACGUCGACUUCUCCCUUCCGAUCACCUGGUCGCAUCACCCUCCUCUCCCACUCCGUUAUGUCGCCGUAGAUCUAGGUUUACGGUGUGGAGCUGAUGUCGAUUAUAGGUUUGAAAACCCCAGUCAUCAUCCCCAUAAAGGCCAGCGAUGAACAAUAAUAUUAAGGCUUAUUCUGGGUUCCGGCGAUGAAGAAAACAGAGGAGGAAAGAAGGCGAUGAGUAUGGCGACCGUCGAUCUAUUCUUCUUCGUCGCCCUCUACUCUCCGUCACAGAGUGCUCUUCGUCCAUCACUCCUUCUCUGCCGCCUCUACUCCCUAUCGCCCUAGACUGAUCUUGAAUUCCGAGGUUGAAACCCAGAAACACAGACCGCCACCGCCUAGCCUCCUCUGUUUCUCAUCUUUCCUGGCUCCAUUUCCCUGGCGCGAUUCAUCCCCAAAUCAGGUUCUCUUCCCGAAAUUAGAACUUUGGGAUUAGGGGAAGAAUGGUCUGAAUUCGGGUUCCUUGAUUUAGCAUUUGGGUUCUACGAUUUGGGGGUAGGAGAAGUCGAAUAUAGGUUUGGGAAUUUGGGUUAAACGAUUAAAAAGGGGUCUGGGAUAAAUACGAUGAUUGCUGAGCGAUUUAUUGGGUUUUGAUUUGUUUUGGGUUUGGACUAUUGUUGCGGUGUUGAAUGUUUAUGGUCUAUGGAUUAGAGGAGGAAGUCGGCGAGGAGAAGUGAGGAGGAAGCCUGCGAUGAUUAGUCCAAGAACAAGGUGAAUGUAGAAGAAGAUGGGCACUAAAGUAAUUUGGCAUUUUAGUUAAAAAUUCUGUGUUUCAUUCCAAACGAGUUAUUUCAGACAAAUCCCACAUACAAAUUCUUCAGUAUUUUAAACGAGAGAUUUAGACCAAAAUCCCUCAUUAUUAAAAUUCCUAAUCCAAACGACCCCUAGGUGAAAACAGCUUAUCUAUAACUUAAUCGGUAUUUCUUAUUAGUCAACCACUAAUUAUUGAUUCUAUUGACAAAGAGGGAUGGAUUUCGACUCUUCGAGACGUUUGAAACUUUGGAUGAAGGAUUGUUUUGUUAUAUUUGAGGUUUGGGAUGUUAAGAAUUAAGACAUUAUCAUGUCUUGAAUCCUGAAACCUUUUUACUUAAUCAAAACAAAAAACAACAUGAUUAUACUAGUGGGUAGCGAUUCAUUUACUUAGUAAUUUAUCACUAAAUAAAACGACCUUGUCAAAAUGAACCAUUUAGAAAUUGUCAGCUAAGAUUAAACCGUUGAUCGUCACUUCGUCAAUCAAACCGACAAUUGGCAAAACCGUCUACUACUUACUAGACCGGGUUAAUUGAUAAUUUAAAAAAUACCGGUUAAUGGAUUCAUAUGCCCCGACCGGUAAUCAUCCGGGGCUCCAACGAAAGCGAGAGUCGGGUCCUAUAAAUCAACCCGGCGCCACCAGCAAUUGGAACUCCUUCAGCCCUAGCGCGAAACAACCAGUCCCUUCCAUCGACACAAUUUCUGCGGUUGUUUUCAAAGCUCGCCUUCUUCGGCGUCCGAAUCUCCGCGUUCCUGCCCUCUUGCUUAGUCUCCAUAUCCAGUGCCGGCAUUCCAAGGCAGGUUCGAAGCAAUUGACUUCCUUCUUAGAGGUUUUGUAUGGACUGGAGCGGACUCUCGUAGCGUUUCUGCUGGCAUCGGUUUUUAUUUACGUGCUGAUACGCCUUACUCUGGUCGAGUGAAGUAUACACCUAAGUGGCAGAAAGUUGUUCAUUGUGGUAUAGGGACUGGUGUAUGGUGCAGUGUUAGCUAGGUUAUGCUGUUGCAGAGAGCUGAAAUGGGGAUUAGGGUUUGCCUGUGUUGUGAAUUUCUUUUUGAACCGGAAUGUAGGGAAUAUUUGGUUAUAUGGGGUUGCUUCGGCAUAGUUGAAGCUGAAGAGUGGAAGUUAUUAAUCUGUUAUAGUAUUUCAUGUACUUCCUAAUGUAGAAGAAUUCUGGUUCACAUAGUAAGUUGAGUUAUAUUGUGUGUAUGCUGGGUGCAUGAAUAUGCAAUCUUAAGGUUCUAGUAAUUCCUUGGUGAAUGGUGAUUCUAUUGCUUUAUUCGUCUUAUAAGCAAAAGCUUUCCCGACUGUAGUUGAUUAACUACUGGUUGCGUUUCAUAAUCUGAAACUGUUGUCAAUUACUUCACGAAUUGUGUUUUCUGUUGCUUUGCAGUUGUUGGCGGUUCAUGCGCGAGGUCUCCUACUGAAUUAGGAGGUUAAAGAAAAUGGAUUUUGACGAGUAUGAUUACUUGGAGAAGACUGUUGAAAACCCCGAGCCGGAAAAGGGGAACGAAACUGCUAAUGGAAGUGAGACGGUCAAAUCUAAAGAGAAGGAUCGUAGUCGGGGUUCGAAGCACAAAAGUGAUGAGAGGGAGGACGACGACGACGAUGAUGACGAAAACCAUCGCUCAAAGCGAUCAAAAUCAAGAGAUGAUACACGCGUUCAUGAUCGUCACGGAGAAAGGGGUUCAUCCCAACCCCGGUCUGGAUCUGGAGAUAGGGAGAGGGAUCGCCACCGGAGUAGCCGUGAAAAAAGAGAUAAGGAGAAGGGCAGGAAUAGGGAGGAACGGAAUGGGAAGGAUAGGGACCGAGAACGUGAGAGGGAUAGAGAUCGUGACAGGAAGGAACGUGACAGGGAAAGGGAGAAGGAGAAGGAGAGUGAAAGGGAGCGAUCGCAUCGAAGUGGGAGUCAGUCAGGAAGAGAGAAGAGUAAGGACAGAGAGCCUAUAGAAAGGGAAAGGGAGCGAGGUGGUUUUAAAGAACGAGAAAGAGAACCUAGAAGGAAGAAGGAGGAUGGUACUGAGCCGGAGGCUGAUCCUGAGCGUGAUCAAAGGACUGUAUUUGCUUAUCAGAUAUGUUUGAAGGCUGAUGAAAGGGAUGUGUAUGAGUUCUUUUCAAGGGCUGGAAAGGUACGAGAUGUUCGUCUCAUCAUGGAUCGGAAUUCAAGGCGGUCUAAGGGAGUCGGGUACAUUGAAUUCUAUGAUGUGAUGUCAGUUCCUAUGGCAAUUGCACUGUCCGGCCAGCCUCUUCGCGGUGUACCUGUAAUGGUAAAACCCUCUGAAGCUGAAAAGAAUCUUGUUCAGUCGACCGCAGCUGCUGUUGUCGGACCUGGUGGAGGGUUAGCUCCUUAUUCAGGAGGGGCUAGAAGGUUGUAUGUUGGCAACCUCCACUUCAACAUAACAGAAGAUCAACUUCGUCAGGUUUUUGAACCAUUUGGUGCUGUAGAGUUGGUUCAACUGCCCGUUGAUGAAACUGGACAUUGCAAAGGCUUUGGUUUUGUUCAGUUUGCACGUCUUGAGGAUGCUAGAAAUGCCCUUAAUUUGAACGGGCAAGUGGAGAUUGCCGGUCGCCCUAUAAAGGUGUCAUCUGUCACUGAUCAAACUGGUCAAGAGGGUGGGACAAAUGCUGCUGAUUUCGAUGAUGAUGAGUGUGGUGGUUUGGCACUAAAUGCGCGUUCUCGGGUAAUGUUGAUGCAGAAGUUAGAUAGGAGUGGCACUGCUACAAGCAUUGGUGGGAAUCCAGCCGUCGGUACUGGGAUGACAUUACCUGCUGCGCCCGCAUUGGGGCCUGGUGUGAUCCCUCAGACUAUUGCUUCUCUCCUACCACCUGGGCUAUCUGGCGCGGGUCUUCAAAUCCCUGGUGCUGGAAUUCCUACAAUCGAUACAAUUGGUGUUCCUAGUGAAUGUUUGUUACUAAAGAAUAUGUUUGAUCCCCAGUCGGAGACGGAGCCAGACUUUGAUUUAGAUAUCAAAGAAGAUGUUCAAGAGGAAUGCUCGAAGUUCGGAACCUUAAACCAUAUCUUUGUGGACAAGAAUACCAUGGGAUUUGUGUAUCUACGCUUUGACAACACACAGGCUGCAAUGAAUGCACAGCGUGCACUCCAUGGAAGGUGGUUUGCUGGGAAGAUGAUCACUGCAACAUAUAUGGUGCCUCAGAUGUACCAACAGAAGUUCCCUGACAGCAACAGGUAGGACAUUGCGUCUUAGCCUGGCUUGUGGAACACCAACAAGGUAGCUUGAAGCUCAUGGGUUCAAUCUUAAUGGUCACUGAUCGACAGAAUCCGCGGCACUGAUAUGCCCCAAUAUCGAUCGGUGGUGCAGGAUGGGUUGCUUGGGGUUGUUCGGUUUUGAGAACUGGGUGAGGGUUGAUGAUGGUUUUCGGGUUUAUUAUAGGAAUUGCUGCAUAGUGAAGAGGUGGUAUGAAGCAAUAGCUGCCUACUGCAACCAAAGAUUUGUUUUAAUGUUGUAGGAUUUUAUGUGUAUUUGAGUUAUUAGAAUCCAUCUUGUACAAGAGUAUUCUUUUUGGCGUUGUCCCAGCUCCCAAGUUUACCUGUUACGAGCUGCUAUCUUUCGUUUUGUAAUGUUCAAGACUAACUAGAUACAAACCAAAAUCAUCUUUUGUCUUCUGCAAAUUUGUCAAUCUUUCAAUAGCGGCGUGUAACCUGAAAUACACCUCUAAUCUCCGG